AUGUCGGACGUUCAGGAACGCCUCAAGAAGCUCGGCGCCUCCGCGCGUAUCGGUCCCGGAAUUGAUUUUUGUUUGGGUGUUUUGUCGAUUGAAAAUGGCGGAAAGGGCACUCCCCGCAGAAAGAUGAAGCGUGCGCCCGCGCGCUCCGCUGCCGACGACAAGAAGCUCCAGGCCGCCCUGAAGAAGCUCAACGUCCAGCCCAUCCAGGCCAUUGAGGAGGUCAACAUGUUCAAGUCUGACGGCAAUGUCAUUCACUUCGCUGCUCCCAAGGUCCACGCCGCCGUCCCCGCCAACACCUUCGCCAUCUACGGCAACGGUGAGGACAAGGAGCUCACCGAGCUCGUCCCCGGCAUCCUCAACCAGCUCGGCCCCGACUCCCUCGCCUCUCUCCGCAAGCUCGCCGAGAGCUACCAGAACAUGCAGAAGGAGGGCAAGGACGGUGAGGAGGACGACAUCCCCGACCUGGUCGAGGGUGAGAACUUCGAGAGCAAGGUCGAGUAA